AUAUACACUAUAUUGCCAAAAGUAUCGGGAAACCCUUCCAAAUCAUUGGAUUCAGCUGUUCCAAUCACUUCCAUGGCCACAGGUGUAUAAAAUCAAGCACCUAGGCAUACAUACUGCUUCUAUAUAAAUUUGUGAAAGAAUGGGUCACUCUAAGGAGCUCAGUGAAUUCAAGCGUGGUACCAUGAUAGGUUGCCACCUGUGCAAUAAGUCCAUCUGUGACAUUUCCUUGCUACUAAUUAUUCCACGGUCAACUGUUAGUGGUAUUAUAACAAAGUGGAAGCAACUGGGAACAACAGCAACUCAGCCACCAAGUGGUAGGCCACGUAAAAAUGACAGAGUGGGGUCAGCACAUGCUGGAGCACACAGUGCGCAGAAGUUGGCAACUGUCUACAGAGUCAAUAGCUAGAGACCUCCAAACUUCAUGUGGUCUUCAGAUUAGCACAACAACAGUGUGUAGAGAGCUUAAUGGAAUGGGUUUCCAUGGCCGA